AUAAACAGAACGCGCAGCCAAUCAGUGCUCGCGAUGGCGCGAGUGACGACAAACAACGGGAAUGAAGCAAAAUUCAAACGUCCCAGCAUUCUUAACCAAGCUAUGGACCCUUGUGGAAGAUUCGGAUACUAACGAGUUUAUCUGUUGGAAUCAGAAUGGUCAGAGUUUCCUUGUAUUGGAUGAGCAGAGAUUUGCAAAAGAAAUUUUACCGAAGUUCUUCAAACAUAACAACAUGGCAAGUUUUGUACGACAGUUAAAUAUGUAUGGAUUUCGAAAGGUAAUUCACAUGGAUACAAGCAUUGUGAAACAGGAACGAGACGGACCAAUUGAAUUUCAGCAUCCAUUUUUUAAGCAUGGACAAGAUGAUUUAUUGGAAAAUAUCAAAAGAAAAGUUUCAGCGACUAAACCUGAAGAUGGAAAAUUUCGGCAAGAAGACUUGAGCAAAAUUAUAUCUACUUUUCAGAAUGUCCAUGAUCAACAUGAAAAUCUAGAUCUAAAGCUUGCUACAUUAAAAAGGGAGAAUGAAGCAUUGUGGAGAGAAGUGUCAGAACUGAGACAGAAACAUUCUCAUCAGCAGCAAGUCAUUAAGAAGAUUUUACAGUUUAUCGUUACUUUGGUUCGAAAUAACCCAAUGGUCAGCCUAAAACGAAAAAGGCCCAUAAUGAUGAAUAAGAAUGGAAGCAAAUCAAAGUUUAUCCAAGAGAUUUUUGAUGAAUCAGUUGAUCAGACAACUGGAAAUCUCAAUGGUAUAAAUGGCUUAAAGAAAAAUUUUGAAGAUGUUGUUAUUUAUGAUGUUACUGAUGACACAGACAAUGAGCAAGAAAUUCCAGAAAAGAUUCAGAAAAGAAGCAAACAUCUCAACAACGUAGCCUCCAUAGAGACCAUUGAAGUAGAAGAUGAAUCUGAUGGCGUUACUAUAGACUGUGAGGAAAAUGCAACAAGUUUGACAAUAACGGAGUCUGAGUUACCAAUGAUUAUUUCUGAAAGUGCUCCGGUAACAAGUAGUGCACUUCAGCUGAAUAAACCACCUGCAGUGAGUUUGGAUGACCCUUCAACAGUGAUGGAUUCGAUCCUCAAUGAAAAUGGAGCAAUUUCACACAAUAUUAAUCUUCUUGGCAGGGCUGAACUUAUGGACUAUUUGGACAGUAUUGAUUGCAGUUUAGAAGACUUCCAAGCUUUACUAUGUGUAAAACAAUUUGGCAUUGAUCCUGAUAACUUGACUGAUGGCAGUGACAUUUCUAAAGAUAACCAGUCAGUACCCAAAGAAACUUCAGAAAACAAUGCUGACAAGCAGCUGGUCCAGUACACAACAUGCCCACUUGCAGCUUUCUUAGAUGGCUAUUCUGCUUUGCCUUCAGAGACUGACAGUUCUGUACCUGAUCUUAAUGAGUCACUGGAUGAAAACUCUGAAGACCCCACUUAUCUUCUUGACGCAUACUUGACCAAAGAGUCCCCCACACGGAGUAAACUGAUUCAUCUUGAACCUUUGACUGAGGCAGAAGCAAGUGAAGCAACAUUGUUCUAUUUAUGUAAACUGAGUCCUGAGACUACAAACAGUGAAUCAUCAUCUGUGUUAGAUGUUUAAGGAAAAGCCCCAAGGAAAUCCUUGUAAAUAUUCAUCAAAAUGAUGAAAGUUUGUUUGCUAGUAUCUUCUGGUACUCUAUGUGCUACAGAAUUAAAGGGUUCUUUGUUUUUAUUUGGUUUAUAUGCAUAAUCUAUGAGCAACUCUGUAUAUUUAUUGCUGUGUACUAUACCCAGGUGUACCUGGUAUCUUGGCAUCAUUAUUGAGGAUAGUGGACUGGGUGUUUUUAUUUUUUGUAUUCUCCAACCCCACCUCAUUAAUUUGCUGUUAUAUACUGUAUAUAAUUUUUACAGAUUAUUUUAUCUUUUUAUCUUUCUCCACCAAAAAAAAAGGGGGGGUUGGGAAGAGUCCUUGUGUUUUAAUCCUUUCUAUCCUAUGCCUCAGACUUAUUCCCAAAGAGAGCAGUAAUGAGGCCCAAGGAAAUGGAAGUGCCUACAGUUUAACUUGCUUAGUGCAGCCUCUUUGUAAAAUUGUUUUCACAAUGGUUUAUCUGUAUGAACAAAUAUCCUGGUAAACGGCAUUUGGCUUUUGAUGUGCACUUUCUCCGACAUAUCAUUGCUACAUUCUAUAAUCGGUCCUAAUAAAUCACAUUUUACGUUUUUGU